AAAAACAAUAAUAACACUGCAAACGACCACGCGUGGCGUGUACUUACACAGUUCGUAUUUUAUAAUAAUCAGUCGCGUAUAUGCGUACGUUAUUAUGAGCGGCACGCCCGAAGUGUGCUUUACUAUAUUAUUGUCUGUACUAUAAUAUUAUUGUGGUUUUCGUCGUGUUCUGUCGGUACGUUGUAAUAAUAAUAAUAAUAAUAUAUUAAUAUUUAUCGCGUUUCGUCCCGAUCGGCGAGCGAAGACCGUGUUCAAGUCCGACCAGUUCCACCAGACGUGCGAGUAUAUUAUAGUUUAUCGGCGUGACCAUGAGGCUGAUUAUAAUGGAUAACGCAGAAAAAGUUUCGGAAUGGGCUGCCAAAUAUGUGGUGAAAAGGAUAAAACAUUUCAACCCAGGACCCGACAGAUAUUUUGUUUUAGGAUUACCGACGGGUGGAACGCCAUUGGGUAUGUACAAGUACUUGAUUAAAUAUUAUAAGGCCGGAGAUAUUUCGUUCAAGUACGUCAAAACGUUCAAUAUGGAUGAAUACGUGGGAAUACCAAGAGAUCACGUGGAGAGCUAUCAUUAUUAUAUGAUGACAAAUUUUUUCACCCACGUCGAUAUAGAUCCAAAUAACGCACAUAUUCUGGAUGGCAAUGCUGUAGACUUGCAGGCAGAGUGUAUGCAUUAUGAACAGUUGAUAGAAAAAGCUGGCGGGAUUCACUUAUUUAUUGGAGGCAUCGGCCCGGACGGUCAUAUAGCGUUCAAUGAGCCCGGCUCGUCAUUGGUGUCUAAGACUAGAGUGAAAACUUUAGCCCGAGAGACAUUGGAAGCAAAUGCCAGGUUUUUCGACAAUGACAUUGAUAAAGUCCCCAAACGGGCACUGACGGUUGGCGUAGGAACGGUUAUGAAAGCCGAAACGGUCAUGAUAUUGAUCACAGGAUCACACAAGGCAUUUGCUCUGCAUAAGGCCAUCGAGGAAGGCGUAAAUCACAUGUGGACCGUUUCGGCGUUUCAACAACAUCCAAAAACAAUCAUACUAUGUGACGAGGACGCUACAUUAGAAUUGAAAGUAAAGACUGUGAAGUAUUUUAAGGCUUUAGGCGCCGUUCAUGAAAAGCUCAUUGAAGACAACUCAGAUUCAUGAUUAUUCAUAAAAUAUAUUUCCUUUUUAAAAAAAAAAAAAGAAUUCAUACACAAUAUAAAUAAACAGUUAUCAACAUAAUUGUAUAUAAUAAUCAUUAUUGAAUAUAUUUUUUUAUAAUUAUAUAUAAUAUAUAAACACAUAUGUAUUGAUUUUAAAAUGUGUAAUUAAUUAUUAUGUUAUCUAUGACUUCCAGAAAUUAUAAAAGAGUAUAUCUUAAGAGGUUAGAUAAGCUAUAACAUUUAGGUCUUUUUUGAGAAUACUAUAAUAUUUUAAAAAAUUUAAGAGGGAUGGGGGAGGAAAAACUUAGUUGUAAUACUAUACUUCCCAUUUUUUUUUUUAUUGAAAUUUUAGAAAAACUGUCAUACAAUAAUUGAUUUUUUGAUUAAAGCCAAAUUAUUCAAUUUUA